AUCUUAUUUCCACCACUAUAAACCAAUUUCCAAAUGAAUAAAUAAAUAGAAGUAUAAAUUCAUCUUCUUUUACUAAUAAUCACAUUUCCAUAAAUCAUGAAUAAAUAUCCAGUUAUAAUAAUGUGAAUAUUAUCGCGUUUACACAAUAGCGGUCAAUCACAUUAGCUGUUCUUAAUUGCUUCAAUUAUUCUCAAAGUUUUAGCUAAAAGAGUUUUUAAAUAAUUUCAUAUUUCUAACUCAGAUAUUGCUAUAUCGAUCAAAUAAUUAAGAUGAGUAUGACCACAUAUGAUUGCUGAUUUUGCAAUUAUAUUCUCUCCAGGAAGACCAACAGCUUUCAGAAUAUUGUUCAUUGACAUUCUAUAUUUGCCUUAUUUUUGCUUAUGUUUUGCAUUAUUACAUUUCCUCGAUUACCACUUUGGAAAUAACCACAAGAUCUCAAUAUAGUGGAAGAGUAGUCGAAGAGUAAACAUCUCAUAGCGUAGAGUAGUUUCAAUAACAGUAGUAAAAAGUAGGUCAAUAACACUCUCAAACAGCAGAUACCGUACAUCAGGAUUAUAUCAAUCGGCAAUGAUUUCAUUCACCAACUUAGCCACCGUAUGUACUGAUUUUGGAAUAUGAAGAGGAGGAAGGAGAAGAGGACGGACGUCAACCGGCAGGACCAGGAAAAAAGGAUCAGCCAGCAAAAGGUGAGCGUAGUAGGUGCCGCCGGAGGUAUCGGCCAGAAGCUUUCACUGUUGCUAAAGGUGUCGCCGCAGGUAAGCGCGCUCAAACUGUAUGACGUGAUGAACUGCGCAGGCGUAGCCAUGGACCUGAGUCACAUCAACACGAGCACAACGGUGCAAGGCUUCAACGGCCAGGCCAAUCUACACCAGGCACUGCAAGGCUCCAGGAUUGUCGUCGUUACGGCAGGCUUGCCCAGGCAACCCAACCAGACAAGGGCUGAUCUCUUCAAGGUAAACGCAGACAUAGUUCGUGACAUUAUCCGCGUGGUGGCGACCGCCUGUCCAGACGCUCUGGUGGCGUUGGUCACCAAUCCAGUGAACAGCGUGGUGCCUGUCGCUGCGAGGGUGCUGCAAGACGCCGGGGUGUAUGACCCUCGGCGCCUGUUCGGCGUCACGACGCUUGACGUCGUCAGAGCCAACACGUUUCUGGGUCAGAUGUUGUGCAAGGAUCCUGCUACUCUUAAAGUUCCUGUGAUUGGAGGACAUUCGGCCGAAACAAUGUUGCCAGUUUUCUCACAGACAUCGCCCUGUUUGGACUUCAAUUCGAUUGAUUCGUUGAAAAUCAGAGAGCUGAGAGAAGAAGUACAGAAGGCUGGAACUAAGGUGGUCAAUGCUAAAGAAGGUCUAGGCUCAGCCACCCUCUCGAUGGCCUACGCAGCGGCCCGCUUCGUCAUCUCACUGUGCCGCGGUCUGAACGGUGAGAGUGACGUCAUAGAGUGCACCUACGUUGAGUCUGACGUCACCGACGCAAAAUUCUUCUCAACAGCUGUUCUGCUCGGCCCCGAAGGCGUCAAGAAGAACCUCGGCUACGGCAAGCUGAUAGAUGACGAGUGCAAACUGCUCAAUGCACUCAUGCCUCAGCUGAUUGCUGAUAUCGAGAUGGGCGAGAGCUAUGACAAGAAAUCAGCUGAUCAGGAUAAGAAGGACCCGUGCAAGAAGAAAUGAUGUGCGGAGAUGGAAUCAGCUGAUAAGAAUGACUUUUGCAAGGCGAGAUGAGCUACAAGUUUAAAGCAGCUGAUUAGAAGGAUUCUUGUAAAAGUAAUGAUGUGCGACCUACAUAAACUAAUAAUCUGAUAUAGAUGGUUCAGUCACGAGAAAAAGCUUGUAAUUGCAGCGGUCUGCAAUGAAGACUGGAGCUUUUUCUUACGACCGAACUGUAGGUAGUUUAGGUAUGGAGUUUGAGCUUUUUCUUGUGACGGAAAAUCAGAUGGUUCAGCCAUACAGACCGAGCUUUUUCUCAUGACCGAACUAUAGAGGGUUCAGCCAUGAAAAAAAGCUUGAUCCCACUGAUAAGGCCGCUACAAAUACAAGCUUUUCCUGUUGACUGAACCAUCUUUGUUAUAUAACAAAGACACUUGCAGCAAGAAGAAAUGAAGUGCUAGUUUUUUUUCAGUGGCUGACUGACUGUUUGUGUUGUUGAUAUUAAAAUAUAUUUUAGAUUCUGUU